CAUUAGUUAGAUACGACAGUGUGGUUGCACCUGAUGUUUAUUUUUGUCAUGUGUAUGGCAUGCAAACUGAGCUGACAUUAACCACAAUGUCAUCAAAACACCUCCUACUCAGUUCUCAGAAAAAAAAUUUAAAAAAAGCCCCCAGAAAUGGGUUAGAAGUUCAACUCCCUCAUAGGUAUGUGUGCUAUCAGUCAUUGGCAUGAACCCUGCUGUUUAAAAAGCACAAAUGUCAAUUUUCCCAAAGAAGCACACAUACUGUAUAGUGACACGUUUUUGUACAAGCUGGUCGAGUAUAUAUGGUUAAAGGAUAAAAAUAUGCUAAUUUUGAAAUAUAAAAGUAAUGCAUGGUCGAUUCAUUAGAGACUAGUUCUGAAGCAAAACGUUUCUGUUCUUUACAUUUAUUCAUUCACCAAUAUUAUGCUAAAAAUUACAGUGUGAAUUCGAUUUAAACAGGAUAUAAGUUUAAAUUGAACAAAAUGAAGACGUUAAUGUGAUCUGCCUAGACUGAAAACCACCAGUCCCAAUGAGACGGAGACAGGAAGUAGGCUGGAUUCUACACUUGUCUUGAGACACAAGUACAGCAGCAUUGAGACUUAAGGUUAUAAUAAAGAAGAAGAGAAAGAAGCACAAUGGUUGAAUUUGCAAUAUUUAAAUUUCUUCUUAUUUUGAUGCUUCAAUUUACAGCAGUUACACAACAAAUGACCAAAUUUAGCUCUAAAGUUGGAGGUGAAGUCACGUUGCCUUGUGUAAAUGGAAAAGAUUUUCACAAUAAAUAUCACACUACCACCUGGCUCUUCAGUGGUUCAGGAAGCACUGAAACAGUGGCACUGUUUGAACAUGGGCAGUUUAACAGUGGUCUCAGAUCUAAAUCCCACAGGCUGAGUGUCACACCGGACUAUUCUCUGAUUAUAAAGAAGGUCACAUCAGAGGAUGAUGGUCAUUACACCUGCAGACAGUUCAAAUCAGGAGAGCACUUUACAGACUCUCGGGCUUACCUGUUUGUUACUAGUGAAGGGGACACAACAAAAGGAAUAAUUACAUCAACAACAACCAAAAAUGCAACAUCAGCAAAUGUCCCUAAAUCUAAAAGCGCUACAUCAACCACAAGAACAACAACUUCAUCAGUGACUAACACAUCUAUGACAAGUAAAACCAAUUCAACCACAGAACCAGAGAAAACCUCAAACACAGUUCAAACCAAAAACAUGCUGAUCAUUUUAGCGGGUGGUUUUCUAGUAAUCUUCAUAAUCCUCGCACUCAUUGGAUGGAAGAGAAAUAAAAGGAACAAAAGACAGAAGAGUGAUGAAAUUGCUGAUUCUGCUCUCUAUGAUACCAUUGGUAACACAAACGAGACCUCCAAAGCCCCAGCUAAUCCUGCAGCUGAUCUUUCCUAUUCCUCCAUUAAGAAGACCAGGAAUAAAACUCGGGUUCACAGUAAUUACCAUAAAGAUGAUGCACAGAAUUUCUCCAUCUUUGACAAAGCCUCCAAUGAUGAUAACAGGAUCUACAUGAACAUGAAAAGCAUACAAAAAGCCAGGGGCAGUUAUUUUUAAUGAUCAGAAUAUGCUUUAUAUUAUUUGAUAUUACUGUGAUGAUCAUUUAGGAACCUACCUACAUUAUCUUUUUUUUUUUUCCAAAAUGAAUCAUAAAGACAAAUUCUAAAAAACAAAACAACAAAGCCCCCCCCCAAAAAAACAACAAGUUAUACCUAUAAUUGUAACAUUUUUCCUUUUUCUGACAUCUUAUGUUUAAUAUAAAAAUGAGAUAUUAACUGUCAAUUUACUUUGCGUGAUCUGAAUUCCAAACUUUGCUAACAGCCAAAACAUUUUACACUUUUAAUUUUUUUGCUAUAUUUUGAAUAAAUAUUUAGUCAGGGUUUGAAUAACAUAUGAAUUUGGGACUGAAUAAUUUAUAUUGGGAAAACAAUGUUUGAAGAUAUGCAUUGUAAAACUGGAAAAAAAAGAAAAGCCACAUUAUGGGUCAAAAGAUGAACUCGAACUGUGUAUUUCUGUGUUGCAUUUUACACAAUAAAUAAUAAUAAAUUUUUGAUAUGCUGUGUUUUAGCACAAGGUAUUAUCUUGUUAAUUGUUUAAAUGCAUUUUUAUAAAUGAAGUAGACAAAGUAUUCCUAAAGAUUGAACUACAAGUAUAUUUUGAAUGUUUUCUCUAAGUCUAAAAGAAGACAUAUUACUGAUGCAGCACAACAUUUGCUUUCCCCUGUAGUAUCUCUCCUUGAGAUUGUCACAUUUUCAACAGCAGUACUGAUAAGAAAAAUUGCAAACAUUUUUAUAGGCGCUGCAUGCUUUAAUCUAGAUUGGUGCUGUAUAAAGUGUAGAUUAAGUGCAGUUUUUGCGACUUGCUAAUUGCAUAGUUUCAAAUUGUGAGACUGAUGUGGAAUCUUUUAAUUGUUCAACUCUAUUCAAAAGUAAAUUUGAUUUAAUGUACAUUUUAAGAUAAAUUGUUUUUUGUGGCGGGUUGUGGUUAGCGGUGCCGCGGCAGGGAAGGCGUAUGCACCUGUGUGGCUUCGCAAUCACACCUCGCCAGCUUAAGAACGGUGUAGUGUUCUGUUGUGUUGUUGUUGUGGAUAUGUGUGGCUUUCAUGCCUCAUUUCUGCCACAUUUUUAUUUUAGUUUCAGAAGCAUUUAAAACUUGUCUGUUUGGUGUAUUUUCUCUACAAGAAUGAGUACUGACAAUGACAAAUAA